CAUCUUCCAUUCCCUUUAUUCUAGUCAUUUCAUCCACGAUCGAUCCUUCAAUCACUGUAAUUUUGGUUUGAAAGUGUCAAGAUGUCCAUGAGCAUAUUUGAGAGCAACCAGCCGCGGGAUGGCUUCCCGCGGCCAUUCCCCGACACGCCGUCCAACGUGCUGGAGCAAUUCAAGAUGGCCGGAAAAGUGGUCGUUGUGACGGGGUCCGCGGACGGGCUGGGCUAUGCAGUUUGCGAAGCCAUGGCUGAGGCGGGAGGGAACGUGGCGAUGUGGUAUAAUUCAAAUGACGUCGCCGUUCAGAAGGCAGAGACAUUAGCAUCGACGCAUGGAGUUAAAACGCGCGCGUAUAAGAUUGACGUAUCGGACGGGGAAGCCGUUCGGAAGGCCAUCGCCGAUGUUGUUCAUGAUUUCGGAAAGAUCGAUGUCUUCGUCGCCAAUGCAGGAAUGGCCAUUUCAAAACCAAUCCUGGAUACAACCCUGGAGGAGUACCGGAAGCAGAUGGCCGUGAAUGUCGACGGCGUCGUCCUAGCUGCCAAAUAUGCCGGCGAAGUCUUCAAGCGCCAAGGCACAGGCAACCUGAUCAUCACGUCGAGUAUGAGCGCCCACAUCGUCAACGUGCCCGUGGACCAGCCGGUCUACAACGGCACCAAGGCGUUCGUCACGCAAUUCGGCAAGUCGCUGGCGCGCGAGUGGCGCGAGUUUGCCCGCGUGAAUAUCGUCUCGCCGGGCUUCUUCGACACUAAGAUGGGGGCUGGCCCCGAGUCUGUGCACGAGGCGUACCGCAUGGCGCCGCUGGGGAGGCAGGGCCAUGUUAAGGAGAUUAAGGGGCUGUAUCUGUAUCUGGCUAGUGAGGCGUCGUCUUAUAUGACGGGGAGUGACGUGCUGAUUGAUGGGGGCUAUGUUCUUCCUUGAUUGGGGAAUGGGCUGUUAUGUAUGAGAUAACGUGCAUGAGACUUGUGAAUGAGAG